AGGAAAAAGAAACGUCCCCUGAGGAGCAAAGGUCACAUGAAUCACCACAUGAUUGUCAGCCCUCUCUCUGUGGGCCCACAGCCAGGAACGCCACGGCAGGGAAUUCUCCAUUCUCCACUAGUUCGGUGAAUUUCCAGAGAACGAGAAGGUAGAUUUGAUCUCCAGGUUUUCCGGCCUUUUAGAAUUAACCCCCCGAACGUAGCUCCCCUCGCACCCCGGCCUGGCUCCCUCCCCUCCUCUCAAUUCUCUUCUCUCCGUGUCGCUGCUUGGGAAGCCGGUCCCCGUUUGCCCACCAAGGCCACUUCCCCGACCCUCCGUCCCGAAGAGCCCGGCGAUGGAGUUCCCGGUCGGACACACGUGGGACGGGGUGGCCGUGAGCCACGAGCCCGUGCGCGUCACGCUGAGCGCGGAGGCGGGGGGCUUGCUGCUGGGGGUGAGGGCGCCCUUCUUCGACGACCCCCCGGCCCCCGAAGCGGAACCGGGCCGUCCCUGCGACCGACUGUGGGACUCUGAAGUGGUUGAAGCGUUUUUCCUGAAUGACCGAACUCAGCAGUAUUUAGAAGUGGAACUCUGCCCUCACGGGCAGCAUCUUGUCCUUCUGCUCUCUGGGAGAAGAAACGUCUGGAAGCAAGGAUUGCCUCUGGCGUUCGAAGUGUCCCGAUCCGGCGCCCGGUGGGAAGGAAAAGCGCAUCUCCCCUGGAGUUAUUUCCCUCCAGGCGUGAACAAGUUCAAUUCGUUUGCAAUUCACGGAUCGGGAGCGGAGAGGGUGUACGAAGCGGCCUACCCUGUGCCUCCGGCGGAAAUACGGGAGGGGCAGAAACCUGAUUUCCACCUCCUAGAAUAUUUCCGGCCUCUUCGUCUGAGCACUUUGUUCGGGGAAGACUGGGGGCAGCCGGCGUCGGAACUUUGGAAGUCCCUGGAGGUGGCGGAAGAAAGGAGCAAGAGUCGUGAAUGACCGGAAGCGGGCUCACCGGGUUCCGGGCUCCACGAUAAAGCCACCCCCCGCCGCGCCCCCGGUUCAGCGACGGCGCUCUUCACCUAUCCUGGUUCAUAAUAACGAUGAUGCUUUGGGCAUUUGUUAACCGCUUACUAUGCGUCAAACACUGUACUAAGCGCUGGGGGAGU